AUGUGCGUUGAGGUGAAGUUGAAACGUGGAAAGGUUUCAAAGAAGGAAAGAAAGGAAAAAGAAGUACCAUCUUCCUCGAAAGCGGAGCGAAGCGGUCAUCGCGAAAAGGCCACUGCAUCUAAGGCUCAUGCGCACGCUGCAAAUCAAGCGGAUUCUAACCCAGAAACACCGGUCACCACAAACAAUCGUGUGGGGAAUAAACGUCGUGCUACACAAACUCCAUCAGCACCACCUGCUGAGAAAAAGGUUAAAAAGGAGAAUGGUGUCAAGAAAAGAACAAGUAAUCGCUUGAGCAAAACUCCUAGAGUAAAGGCCAAGGAAGAGGACGAGCCCACGUAUUGCUUCUGCAGUCGAGUAUGUUCCCCAGUGUUUGUAUUUAAUUGGUGUUUUAUCUAUUUUCUAUUCAUUUUCGAGAACAGCAGUCAUACUUUAUGUUGUCGCUAUUUUUUCUCUGCUUCUUUCUCCCAUUUAAUCGUAAUUAAAAUACGCUCACUUUCAUAUUUUCUUAAUUUUUUCCUAGUUGUAAAAUUUGCAAGCUAUCAAUUUUGUCUUUUGGAUGUAGUCUAACA